GCAGCCCGGGGCGGGGCUACUCCAGGAAGCGGAAGCGCUCGGCGGCGGCGGCUCCGCUUUUCUGGGUGAUGUCGCCAAACCGGCGCCGACCGAGAUCCUUUGGCCGGGCGGGGCUGGUGGUGGCAGCGGCGGCGGGGCCUGCCCCACCUGGAAGACUCCAGUGAGAAUUGGAGUGUGACAAGUUAGCAGAGGAAAGGAGUUGUUGUUUCCAUCUCAUGGAUCCCUUGGGUGCUCCUUCCCAAUUUGUGGAUGUUGACAGUCUGCCAGGCUGGGCUGAUGCCUAUGAGGCUAAGCAGCUGGACUCUCACCAAAAUCCUGUUGAAAAAGCUCAAGCUGGUGUUAGAUCACCUUUUCCAUACAGGAAAGACAUCAAUGCGAAAAUAGUCUUAUGGAAAGGAGAUGUAGCAUUAUUGAACUGCACAGCCAUAGUAAAUACCAGUAAUGAGUCUCUCACUGAUAAGAAUCCAGUAUCUGAAAGUAUUUUCAUGCAUGCUGGGCCUGACCUGAGGGAUGAACUCCAGAAGCUCAGAGGGUGCAGGACAGGAGAGGCUAAACUCACCAAAGGAUUUAAUUUGGCUGCACGUUUCAUCAUUCACACAGUGGGACCCAAAUACAAAAGCCGGUAUCGCACAGCAGCCGAGAGUUCUCUAUACAGCUGUUACCGCAACGUCCUGCAGCUUGCAAAGGAGCAGGCAAUGUGCUCUGUAGGAUUUUGUGUCAUUAACUCUCUGAAAAGAUGUUACCCCUUGGAGGAUGCAACCCACAUAGCACUGCGCACAGUUAGAAGGUUCCUGGAGAUUCAUGGAGAGACUUUGGAGAAGGUGGUAUUUGCAGUCUCUGAGCUUGAAGAGGCCACUUACCAGAAGUUGCUGCCUCUGUAUUUUCCAAGAUCCUUGGAAGAAGAGAUACAAUCGUUGCCUUACCUCCCUGCAGAUAUUGGCAAUGCAGAAGGGGAGCCUGUAGUACCAGAGCGGCAGAUCAGGAUUACUGAAAAGCCAGGUGUUCCGGAUGAUGCUUCAGAUGAAGAGGGUCUGGAGGCAGAUUUGUCUUUCAUUGGUUCCCAUGCUUUUGCCCGCAUGGAGGGAGAUGUUGAUAAACAGAGACGCCUUAUUCUUCAGGGACAGUUGUCAGAGGCAGCACUGCAAAAACAGCAUCAGAGGAAUUAUAAUCGCUGGCUGUGUCAGGCAAGAGCUGAAGACCUCUCUGAUAUUGCUUCUCUUAAAGCCUUGUACCAGACAGGUGUAGAUAACUGUGGCCGCACAGUGAUGGUGGUGGUUGGAAGGAAUAUCCCUGUAACGUUGAUAGACAUGGAAAAGGCUCUUCUGUAUUUCAUCCAUGUCAUGGAUCAUAUUGCAGUGAAGGAAUAUGUCCUGGUGUACUUCCAUACGCUCACAAAUGAUUACAAUCAACUAGACUCUAAUUUCUUGAAGAAACUCUAUGAUGUUGUUGAUGCCAAGUACAAGAGGAACUUGAAGGCACUGUAUUUUGUCCAUCCAACAUUUCGUUCAAAGCUCAUUUCCUGGAUGUUUCACCUUCUCUCUCACCAGAAGAAGUGUUGCAUGAGGCAUUGCAUGCGUGCUGCACAUCACUUAAGAGCUACCCUGGUCUCGGCAUGGUUUUUCACAACCUUUACAGUCUCAGGGCUAAAGGACAAAAUCCACUAUGUGGAAAGCCUUCAGCAGUUAUUCACAGCCAUAUCCCCAGAACAGAUUGAUCUUCCCCCUUUCGUCCUUGAGUACGAUGCCAGGGAAAAUGGGCCUUACUAUUCUUCUUAUCCUCCAUCUCCUGACUUGUGAUCUGCAGUCCUGUGAUGCUGCUGGUUUCCCGUGGAUCCAAUGACCUGAUGCCUGCCAAAACCUGUGCAUUUGCCCAUGUACAGAAUUCAGAGAGAGGGUUUUCCUCCCCCAGCUCUGGUAUUUUUUUACUGAUGAGAUAUUUUCAAGCACUCAAGCAAUCAGAGAACUUUAUGCCACUGUGAACUGUACAACUAUUUCAAAUAUAUUUAUCCAAUGCAAAAAUUGAUUUAAAGAUCACUAGGUGCAUUUUAUUUUGGGUUUGCUGGUUUUUUUGGUUGUUUGGUGGGGCUUUUUUGAAGCUAUUAUGUUUAUUUCUGAACAGACUUUCUCUUUUCUGGAAAACCCAUCAAAAGCCCUCGAUCACGUUUUUAACUAUUACCAUUUUCCAGCUGUGUUUGUAAUACACAUUUCUGAGUGGUCUGUAUGAAUAUUGCACAGUGCCAGCCUGACGCAUUGCUCAUCAUGUGGUCUCUUGUGUUUCACAUCUGAUUACUUUUCCCUUUCUGUUAGUGCUGAUUACUUUGGUCUUGACCCAGCAAAAGUAUCUGGAAUUGGGAAUGCCAUGUCUGCAGGCUGAACAAAGCACUACAGCCAAGCCAACAUUACUGCAAGACUUAGCACCAUAAAUGCUAGGUGAGCUAGGAGCCUUGAUAAAGUCCCUGUCAGUUAUCAUUGGAUGAUGUGACAUGUCAGGAUGCCACUACCCUCCCAGUAAGAAUAAAACUGAAAAGCAUUUGCGGUUUCUUUUCUCUAAC